CCGCGUACUGUAGCCCGAGCCUUGGCCGGACGAGCCCGCGACCUGACCUCCGCUGGAGGAUGUCGGCCUGAUCAGAGUGAUUGGAAGCUUUCCUGCGAUUGCUCGAACCCCGGCGCGGGCGCACGGAGAUCCGACUCGACAUCACGUCAAACCACAAGCUCGCCACGGGCCCCUCGCGGGCACACCGGCCAAGAUGCGCCUCCCGACGACGAGCCCGAUAUUGUUCUUUUUGUCCUCCCUCGCGACCAUUGUCCUCCCUGCAAGCGCCGAAGAUGUGCUCCGAUCAAGCUCGCUGGCGGCAUGCCAGGAAAAUUCCGGCUUUACCGCCAGUUUGUUCGACGUGGUCUUCACCCCGAAUAACCUCUCCGCUUCCGUCAACAUGGUCGCGACGUCCUCCAUCGAAGGUUAUGUCAUUUUCGACAUCAGCAUCCUCGCCUACGGAUACCAGAUUAUCCGCACCACCCUCAACCCCUGCACUUCCAACCUGGCGGGCUUGUGCCCGAUGACGUCGGGCAAGCUGAGCAACCCCUUCAACCUCCCCGUCACCGAGGAUGCUAUCCGCCAGAUCCCGGGCAUCGCGUAUACCUUCCCGGACCUCGACGCCACUGUGAGGGUGUACAUCAACAAGACUGAGAACGGCGUCAUCGGGCCGAGCAUCGCCUGUGUGGAGGCUGACAUCUCGAACGGGAAGACAGUCGACCUCGUGGGCGUCAAAUGGGCCUCGGCCGCCGUAGCCAUCGUCGCCAUCUUCUCGUCCGCCGUCGUGUCCGGCCUGGGCUUCACGAAUGCGGCCUCGCACGUGGCCUCCAACGCCAUUUCCCUAUUCGGGUAUUUCCAGGCGCAGGCCAUGAUCGGUCUUUGCGGUGUGCCGCUUCCCCCGGCCGUGAAGUCGUGGACCCAGGAUUUCCAGUGGAGCAUGGGCAUCAUCAAUGUCGGCUUCAUUCAGACCAUCUUGACGUGGUACCAACGGUCAACUGGCGGGGAGGCGUCCACCUUGCUUGACACCCUGCAGCAGGUGUCCGUACAAGUGGAGAAGGUCAAGCGCUCACUUCCAGGGGUCGACUCUGCAGUCGGCCUUGCUCGGCGGUCCGUAGGCCGGCACGCUGGCCGAUUGGCGAAGCGGGCCGUCGCUCAGACCUCGUACGGCAGUUACAUCGUCUACGGAAUUCAGCGAGUGGCCUUCCGGGCCGGCAUCGAAUCGACCAACUUGUUCUUGACUGGCCUCACCUUCUUUUACAUUUUCAUGGUGUUCGCCGCGAUUGCCGUGGCACUAUUCAAGGGCUUCUGCGAGUUCGCGGUGAAGACGAAGCUGAUGAGGAGCGAUGCCUUCUUCGAGUUCCGUGCCGGGUGGCUGACUGUGCUCAAAGGCGUUCUCUACAGGAUGCUGCUUAUCGGCUUUCCACAGAUGACCAUCCUCUGCUUGUGGGAACUCACCCAAAACGAUUCGGCCGCCGCCAUGGUGCUCGCCGUGUUCUUCUUCCUCGGCAUCCUCGCCACGCUGAGUUACGCGGCAUACAGGGUGAUCCGGCUAGCGCGCCGCUCCGUUUCUCUUCACCGCAACCCUGCCUACAUCCUCUUCUCGGACCCCCAAGCGCUGAACAAGUGGGGAUUCCUCUACGUGCAGUUCCGAGCCUCGGCCUACUAUUUCAUCGUGCCGGUCCUGGUAUAUACCCUGGUCAAGGGCAUGUUCAUUGCCUUCGCCCAAUCUGCCGGGACCGUCCAGGCCGUGGCUCUCAUCAUCAUCGAGGCAGCGGCGCUUAUCGCGUCGACAGUGCUGCGGCCGUGGAUGGACAAGAGCACCAACUCGUUCAACAUCGCCAUCUGCGCCAUGAACUUCAUCAAUGCCAUCUUCUUGUUUAUCUUCACCGACGUGUUUGGGUUGCCCAGGCUGGUCAUCGGCGUCGUCGGCGUAGUCCUCUGGAUUGCCAAUGCCGCCUUCUCGCUGAUUUUCCUCCUGAUGCUGAUCAUCACGACCGGCAUCGUCCUGUUCCACAACAACCCCGACACGCGGUACCAGUUCAUGAACGACGAUCGCACCUCCUUCAUGAAGUCACAGACACAUGUUGGCACGACAACUGAACUUGACGCCCUCGGCGCCACCGCUCGCGGGGACGGCAAGCUGUUCAAACCGAGCGUCGACCUGGAGGACGACGACUCGGCCGUGUCGAACCCAGCCAACAUCCGCCCGGGGACGGCGAACUCGGGUCACCCGCACUCAAACGGGAACUCGGUACGCGGAUCGAUCCGCGAUUCCGCCCGGAACUCGGUGCGCAGUUCGUUCCGCGCACCGAUAGAUCCGAUCUCGGGCACGUACCCGCCAGAACCACAACAGCAUCUGAGGAGUCGGCAGAGCGGGAGCACCAGGGCGCCGAGCCCGUUCGCGGCGUCGUCGACGUCGAACUUGUCGGGGCACCAGUCGCAUCAGAGCGCUGGAAAUCAUGCGGUAUCCAGGCCACCAGCAGGCCCGAGGUGAGUGCCCUCGUUUUCCAACGGUCGGGCGACUUUCUGAGAGCGGGUGAUGCUGACAGAUUGUGACGCAGCGUGUGGCAGCGUGGAGCGGGCUACGAAUAGCGUAGGCCUGCGGUAAUGAAUCCAUUUGCAUCGUAGUUGGUCCUGUCGUUAGCAUUUUCUUUUAUCGGUUAUUUCCUAGUGUACCUGCCACACUUCGUUGGCUCGCCAUUCUCGUCGGGGAUCGGCAAUGUGGCUCUUGUAUAUAUCCUUCGGAGGUUGGGCGCAUCUUUUCGCAUGGGUUAUCGGCCAGUCACA